UGUAAUCGGGGUGCCAACCCCUACUACAUAAAAAUUACUUUAAAAAUGAAAACAAAAAUAAACCCCACAGGAGACCAUGGCUGCCCCCACUAAAAGAAGCCCCUCAGUAAAUGCAGAGAAGUCGCGCUGAAACGCAGUGGGCGGAAAGACAGAGCCAGGGGAAAACGGGGUGUGGGGGGGGGGGCUCCUCACGUGCUCUCCCACGUGACCGGACGCGUUCCUGCCCACGUGACGCGGCGCAGCCAUGGCGGCGGCAGCAGCGCUCCGGAGCCGCCGGUUCAAGUGGUCACUAGAUCUGGGGGCGGCGCCGGGGGCACGGCCCCGCGGAGCCGCCGAGGGCCGCGGCCCGCUCGGGUUCGCAGACCGGCAGCUGGGGGAGGGCGGCGUCCACGAGAGCGACAAGAUCCUCAUGGAGAAGCGCUGCUGGGACGUGGCUCUGGCACCGCUGAAGCAGAUCCCCAUGAACCUGUUCAUCAUGUACAUGGCCGGCAACACCAUCUCUAUCUUCCCUGCCAUGAUGGUCUGCAUGAUGGGCUGGCGCCCGCUGCAGGCCCUCAUGUCCCUGUCUGCCACACUGAAGGCCCUGGAGAGCUCAAGCCGGCGGGCACUGCAGGGUCUCGUGUUCCUGGUGGGCAACGGGCUGGGGCUGGCACUGGCCCUCUACAAGUGCCAGGCCAUGGGGCUGCUGCCCACCCGCCCUUCCGACUGGCUGGCCUUCGUCACCCCCCCACAGCGAAUGGAAUUCACUGGGGGGGGCCUGAUCUUGUGACCCUCUGCACCCACCCACCAAUAAAGGCAGUGGCAGGAUGGUGA